GUUGGAUUGGAAGUAGUAUCUUCAGCAACAUCGUUUCACCCAGUUAGUUGGCUUCAGAUGCAAAAUCAUUUCGCAUCCGACAGUUGAAGUGCUCGGAAGACAGAUAGUGGUGUUAACGAAACGAAAAUUUGAUCUAAAGAUUAGCCAGAUUGAAUCCCACCCAGGCCUUCGAUAAAGAUACAAGAUACGAGUCGAUUAGACCAAUUUGCAUCUCGUGUGUUAAUAGUUAGAUUAGCGAUUUGUGGAAAAAGCAUAAAUUACCAUACAUAACUGCGGGCGUAAUAUACUAAUAAUUGUUCGGAUAUUUUGAAAAGUUUUUUAAUCGGAAGCGAACGGGAGAAGGAAAGCAGAGAACUAGACAAGUGGAGUGGAGUACGCAAAUUUCCAUUGAUCGGCAAACAUGAUUCUACCCAACGUUGCUCUAUUUCUAGUCGUCAUAAUCCUGCCGCUCUCCCAUGGAACACAUACCAAAUACCCACCAAACAUGGUGGAAGAAUAUACACCAGAUGACCCUUACUUCAUAGAGGAUCGCGACGCCAACUCCCCCAACGAAAUUGAAUAUGAAAAAUCUCGUCAAUUGCGUCUUUCCGGCAUUCCCAAUCUUCCACUGCCGCUGUAUUUCCUUAAUCAGAAUAAAAAUCGAAAGAAUAGCAACAAGAAAAGAAUGAAGGAAUCCAGCAUUUACUAUAUUCGAUUGCCAGCGUCACCUUAUGUGAUAGUACCAGGCCUUGGGUACGUAUCUCAGCCACCUACCAUCAGUCCUUUGUUAGGGAUUGCACCUGAUCAAGCUGCCAAACCUGUGGAUUUCAAGGAUGGAUUUGUUAGCGAUGAUGGCUACGAUGAUUAUUUGCUGGAUAGGAGGGAGAAACCAGUUAAAGUGAUGAAUAAGAAAAAGGUGGUGAAAAACUCUAAGAUUGAACGCAUCCGGGGUUUGUUCUAUUUCAAUGGACGACCUGAGAAAGUAAUAAUAUUGCCGGUAGAUGAAUGAAAUUAGGAGUCUUUUUAGGAAUAUGUAAGAUAAUGGUUAUUUUAAGGAUUUCGAAUAA